AUGACCAAUGCCAUCAUCAGGGAGCUGGUUCAGCAAGGACACGAGGUUACAUUCAUCACCCCGUUCUCCAUGGCCAAGGAAAAUCUUGGGUCGAACUACACCGAAAUAGUGAUCCCAAAAUACGAUUUCUGGCCAGAAAUUCAGGAAUUGACCAACGUAAAUACACCUCUGGAAAUGACAGAUUUGUCUACUUUCACAUUCCUCCGGGUUUCCAAUGUGAUGGGCAUCCACAGCACGGAUUUUGCAUUCGAGCAACCGGAAAUUCAGGCCUUUAUCAAUCAAAAGGAUAAGGUCGGCAGGUACGAUCUGUUGCUGGCGGAGCAGUUUUUCAACGAGGGAGCCCUCAUCCUAGGACACCUCUACCAAAUCCCCAUCAUAACAGUUUCGACUUUUGGUAAUGCCAACUACCUCAGCCAGCUUUUCGGAAUAGUCUCCCCGUGGUCGUAUGUCCCACAUGUCUAUAUGGAGUAUACAGAUCGAAUGUCGCUGUGGGAGCGGAUUGGAAAUGUAGCAAUCAGUGGCGCCGAGGAUCUCACCAGGGAGUUCUCCUACUAUCCCGGGCAGGAUGCCGUCUUAAAGAAACACUUCUCCAAACUGCUGGAUAGAGUUCCGACUAUAAAGGAACUGGAGCGGAAUAUCUCAGCAAUUCUGUUGAACACCUACAUGCCUUUGGGUUCAGUAAGACCCAUGACUUAUAAUAUGAUACCCGUUGGCGGACUGCAUAUUCAGCCACCUAAGUCGUUGCCGGACCAUCUCCAAAAUUUCUUGGAUGAAGCCACCCAUGGAGCUAUUUAUUUCAGCUUAGGCUCAAAACUACGCAGUGCCGAUCUCCCGCCCGAAAAACUGAAAAUAUUCCUGGAUGUCUUUCGUAGUCUGAGGCAGCGAAUUCUCUGGAAGUUCGAGAACGAAUCUCUUCGCAAUCUGCCGGCCAAUGUAAAAGUGCAGAGUUGGAUGCCUCAGGCCGACAUCUUGGCACAUCCCAAUGUCAACGUUUUCAUUUCCCACGGUGGACUCUUUGGUACCCAGGAAGCGGUAUACAAUGGAGUACCAAUACUAGGAAUGCCCAUCUACUUCGAUCAGCAGAAGAACAUCAAUGAAGGAAAAAAAGCGGGAUAUGCAUUGGGCCUGGAUUACCGAACAGUCACGGUGGAAGAGUUGCGAGGUCUGCUUCUAGAGUUAAUUGAGAACCCUAAGUACAGGAAUAACAUAAAGCGUGCUUCACGGGUAUUCCGCGAUCGACCUCUUGGUGCCAUGGAUACGGCGAUGUACUGGAUUAACUAUGUGAUCGAGCACCGAGGAGCUCCUCACCUGGUGGCAGCGGGCGUGGAGCUGCCCUGGUACCAGUUUUAUCUCCUGGACAUUGUGGCCCUUGCUCUGGCUGCCAUCCUCCUGCCUAUUGUUGCUUUAUUCCUCCUCUGCCGCUGCAGCUCCUCCAAAGGAAAGGACUCUCCGAGGAAGACAAAGAUAAAUUAG